AUGGCAAGAAUCAGUGUUCUGGAUCAAAACACGAAACUGUUCCCGGAAUCCAACUUGACUCUUUUGCCCGUCUUUCAAGACGGUCAAUGGGCUCUCGGCUACUACUCAGCAGCCGGGCUGACCGUGUACGAAUCACUUCCCGACUUGUCCAGGCGCGAGGCCAUGACAGAAUAUUUUCAAGACUACCACAAGACACAACCCGGCUUGCUCGUCACAAUUUCAGCUCCGCUGAUCCGCCCGAAGUUUCACGAUUCCGGCGUGUACCUCCUGGUCACCGCUAUUCUCCUCAUAGCAGAGUGCGACCUCCCGAGCAGCAUUGACUACGGCUUCUGGAAAGAGGUGUUGAAGCAUAUUUUUCUAUCCCAUGUAGGUUACCAAAUCAUCGCCCAGCCCAUUUUCUCAAACACGCCGUCGUCAAGUGGUUGCUCGGAUAUGACCAACUUUGGACUGUCAGCUAGGGUUUCGCCAGACUGCCCGGGAUGCUUCUUGCAUGACAAUCGGAAGGUGCGCAUCAAAGGCCUCAGCCUGGAAGUGGUGCCAAAGUACCGUCAGUCGUUGCAGUCGGCUGAGAAGGCUUGCCACGCACUGUCCAAGUUGACAAAGAUGUCAUCGAAGAAAGGUGCGCGUGUUGCCAAUGAAAACAGCCGCCGAAUUAUGCAAGCACUGCAGUUCGCCAAGUUGUCCAAGAGUUGCCUGCAGGCGGAAGUUGACAGGCUUCAAUCACGUUAG